UGGCCUGUUUUCAGCUUCGCUCUUCUGGUGCUUUGCUCAGUUGUUACUGAGUCAUGGAGGCUAGAGGUGCAAGCAGAGGAGGAGGAGGAUUUUCCAUCCCAGUGGAAAGAUGGCAUGAUGGAGAAAGAGGACCCCUUUGCAGAGGAGAAUGAAGAUUUUCCAGGCCUCUGUUCAGCCUGCAAGUACAUCAUCAACAAAAUUCAGGAGAAGCUGGGCAAAGACUCUUCAAGGGCUAAAAUUGCAGAGCUGUUGGACAAAGCCUGCAAUUAUUUCUGGAUAUUCAAGAGUAUCUGCAAGCAAGUCCUCAACCAAUACAGAGACAAACUGAUCGAUUUUUUAGUCAAAAAAGAUAAUGCAGAGGCUGCAUACGCUCAGAACCUGGCCAGAGUUCGCUGCCAGCCGAAAACCAUGAAAAUGUCCGGACCCCUCCUCGCCUGCAUCCUGAUGACAUGUUCAGUCUGGAUGGUCCAUGGGAGAUACCUUGUGGUCAAUCUGGAUGACGCUGACCUGGUGGAAGAGGAAAUACCAGUGGCGGGCAAGCUCCCAGGCAUAUGCUGGGCAUGCAAAUGGGCUUUGAACAAGGUGAAGAAAGCUGCUGGUAACAACGCCACUGCUGAGGAGCUCACCAAUAAGGUUUCGAAAGUCUGCGACCAAAUUGGCUUCUUAAAAUCUCUAUGCCGCAAAUUUGUGAAGAAAAAUCUCUCAGUGCUGAUCGAGGAGCUUUCUACCACUGAUGAUGUGAGGACCAUCUGUGUCAACCUCAAGGCCUGCAAGCCAAAGGAGGAUUUGACCUGGUUUGCUGACGAAGAUAUCAACAUGUACCAAGAAUUUGAAACCGAAUGAAACCCCUGGCUUCAUGCACACGCACAAUUACUCUGCAGUUGUCUUGCAUUUGCUUCUGAAUUGCUUGAUUUCACUUUGCAAAAAUCAACAUCAUUAUAAAUUUUCAUUUGUAUUUCACUGAUUCUUGAGAAUUUGGAUAA